AAAGCCAACUUUGCUUACCAAAGCAAAGAAACAUGUCAUUGCUGAUUAACUUCACAAAGAAAGUGUAGUUUCUCCAUGGAAAUCAGUAUUAAUGCUUGCACUAGUGCCUCUCUCCAAGGCCAAAAAACCAAAAAUCAAAAAAAAAAAUUGAGACUGGAGUAAGUCACCGAGAGUUUGUGUAGAGAGAAAUUAAUGGAGACACCAAACAGAGCCUACAAAGCCCAUGUUCUAGUCCUACCCUACCCUGCCCAAGGGCACAUCAACCCAAUGCUUCAAUUCUCCAAGCGCUUGGUAGCUAGAGGUGUCAAGGCCACUCUUGCCAACAGUGUUUAUAUCUCCAAGUCCAUGCACAAGGACCAAAUCAGCACCAUCGACACUGACACGUUUUCCGACGGACACGACGAUGGCGGCUACGACAACGCCGAAAAUCCCGAAGCCUAUCUGACCAAAUUACGCGACGUUGGAUCGCGGACUCUGGCCAGUCUCAUCGAGAAACUCAAUGGGCUUGGCCGACCAGUCGAUGCCCUAAUUUAUGAUGGGUUUUUGCCUUGGGCUCUUGAUGUUGCCAAGGAGUUAGGAAUACUUGGAGUUGUGUUUUUCACUCAGACUUGUGCUGUCAAUAGCAUAUAUUAUCAUGUGCACGAGGGUCUUCUUUCACUCCCACUUUCACCAGAUUCAACUAUUUUGUUGCCUGGAUUGCCACCACUUGAGUCCUGUGAAACGCCAUCGUUUGUGUAUGCUUAUGGGUUGCAUCCAAGUUUCUAUGACUUGUUGGUGAAUCAAUUCAGUAACGUUGAUAAAGCAGAUUGGGUCCUUUUUAAUACUUUCUACGAAUUGGAGAAAGAGGUGGUAGAUUGGAUGUCAAAACUAUGGCGGGUGAGAACAAUAGGCCCAACACUUCCAUCCAUGUACUUAGAUCAGAAACUCAAAGAUGACAUAGAUUAUGGCAUCAAUCUCUUCAAGCCUCACUCCACUGUGUGCAUGAACUGGCUAAAUGCCAAGCCAAGCGGCUCUGUCGUUUACGUAUCCUUUGGCAGCAUGGCCCAAUUUGAACCCGAACAAAUGGAAGAAAUAGCAUGGGGCUUAAACCAAAGCAAUUACAACUUCUUGUGGGUCGUGAGGGCAACCGAAGAAGCCAAGCUACCAAACAACUUCAUCAAUGACACAGCCGAGAAGGGCUUGGUGGUGACAUGGAGUCCACAGCUAGAGGUGUUGGCACACGAGUCAAUAGGUUGCUUUGUCACGCAUUGUGGGUUCAACUCUGUUCUUGAGGCACUGAGCUUGGGUGUGCCAAUGGUUGGUGUUCCAUAUUGGUCGGACCAAGCUACGAAUGCUAAGUUUGUGGAGGAUGUUUGGGGCAUAGGAAUUAGGGCUAAGAUGGAUGAUAAGGGUAUUGUCAGGAGGGAAGUGUUGGAGGCUUGCAUGAAGGAGGUGUUUGAAGGAAAAAAGAAAAAUGAAGUUAAGAUGAAUGCAAUGAAAUGGAAAAAAUUGGCGAAAGAGGCGCUUGGUGAUGGUGGGAGUUCAGACAAGAACAUCGAUGAAUUCGUAGCUGAAUUAGUGCGAUCCUAAUCUCAUUAGUGCUUGAUUUCAUCUUAGUGAUGAUUAAUAAAAGCAGGUUGAUGAUUGAUUGUAUUUGCUUAUUUGGCAGGAAUAUGAAACAUGAUUAAGAAAUUACUUUGUUAAGAAAGUUUGCUACAUCGUGAACAUGAUUUAUAAAUUUUAAA